GCCAGCGCAGCGCGCCGAUGGCAGCGUAAAAACGCUCGCGUCGCCGCCGCCGCCGACGACGACGAGAGCGAGGGGAUUGACUCUGGGUGCCGCGAUUCUCGGUAACGCCGACCUGUAGCCCGCGGACCGGGGAAAGUGCGAAGGGGGUACGAGGUGAGAGAUCGUGCGUGCGUAAAGUGAGUGCGUGCGCUGCGCCGCGCCGCGCGAGCUCGUCAAUUUCGCGCUCGGGCGAAAGAAAGAGGGAGCGAUCCGAGCGAUAGAAGAGAUCGACGAGGAAAGGAGAGAGGAAGGCGAAGGAAGAAACGGGGAAGAAAGAGACAACCCGUUUGUGGCGCGUUCGCGACGAACGCAACCGUCGCAACAUCGCAACGGGCACCGCCGAGAGGAAACGGCCGAAGUUCGGAGCUAACGAACCGACGGACGGACGGGCGGACACGAGAGACAAGACGGAGACGCGACGCGACGCGACGUGACGUGACGUGACGGUGAGAACGGCGUCGCGGGCCCGCAACCGUUGUCGCCGCUCGUCGCAGUCGGGAUUCGGAGCCUCGCAGUCUCGCAGCACUCGCAGCCGCGGCUUCGACAGGAGCGUUUGCCAGUCGCCCUCCCCGCCUGCCGACGCAUCGGGGGUGCCGCCGCCAGGGUUGUCGCCGAGGACGUAGCACCGCGCGCUGACCACCUGCCAGGAAGCAUGGAAAUAUCCAAGAGCCUGCACGAGGAGAUCGUCGACGUGCAACAGAAACUGCAGAAAGCGAUACUCGAGCAUCAGAUAUACGUGGAAAGGCAGAAGGAUGACCCAAAUAACCCAGACAUUCUUGGCCAGAUGGAAAAAAUUCAGGUGUACAUCGUAUCUUUGGGAAGAUGCCAGAAGCAGAUUGUGCAGCGGCUGCGCAAAGAGGUAGACGCGUUCAAGGCAGACAACGCGAAUGGAUCGAAAGUUUCUAUACCGUCUCUCCUCGGGCUCAACAACAACAAUCACAUUACAAAUAAUAAUGAAACGAAGCAUGAAGCAGCUGCCAAUGGUUUCGAGACGAAGCCUUCGAAGGAGGACUACGAAGAAGUUGUCAGGAAUGGCGAUGUUCAUCGUUCGCGGCCGCGAGAUAACGAUUGUGCGAAGCUACGUCCUAGCUCGGUGGAAACCGUUUCCGGCGAAGACGACGUCGUUGAGGUAUCGUUGGACGAAAAUUCCGACGAUAAGCAGGAAGAGGUGCAAAAAGAACACGACAUCGAAUCGCCCGAGAAGUACAACUACCUGAAUUGCCUCGGGCUUAUUACCAAGUCCAAAUGUAUGGAGCUGCAGAACAGAAGAGUGGAAAGAAAACGUCGUAGCACAGCUAAUCCGCAAUUUGUAUACUCCAUGUUCGAGCAGCCAUCUAAACGGAAGAGGCAUUCUUAUUUGCAAUCUGGAAACGCACCUCACACUCGACAGACAACUGCACGUAUGAACGGCCCGUCGCCACCACCUAACAAAACUCAACCAACCAAAUCUACCUCGCCACCGGCGCAAACGGUAACGAAGUCGUUAAUCCCAAUCCAAAAGUCCACUACUAGGCCAAAUAUCCUAAGAAACGCGGACAGCAAAGUCUUCGUGAAUAAAAGCAAAAUAGAAGACAACCAAAUGCGAGUGUCUGUAUCUAGUGCCAAAACUGUUCAGUCGAUAGGUAACAAGGCUGUUCGCAUACCCGGAUUACCAUCUAGCUUGACCAUUGAAAGGAUUGGGAGUGACUCUAUCGUGUGCAUCUCUUGUGAAAAUCCAGGUUCGUUAACAACAUGUAGAAAUUGCUCAAGUAACUAUCACAUCUCGUGUCAUACCCGAUCGACGCCACCACCCAGAACUUGUCCAAAAUGUGUAUCAUCAAUGGAUGAGGAAGAAGACAUCGAAAAGGAUGAAGAAGCAGAGGAAGAGGGCGACAAUAAAUUGCUACGUUACAAAAAAGACGAAAAACUCGCUGCAACAGCGAAUGCGUCAGGAUUUAUUGGGGAAACAAGAGAAGACCCAAAGGUCUAUAAAACGUCUGGUGGACUUCAUAAAGUUGAUACAACUCAGAAAAAACGCAUCCUCUCCACCGCCUUCGACGUCAAUCAGCUGCCUGCCUCAACCUUCCUCAUCCCGAUCACCACAAACGAUAUCUCCGCCUCAAACAUCAACAAAUCAGAAGACCUCAGUAAGCUCACCUCGAUCUUCGAUACCGAAUACCGACAAGACACCGUACAUCGCAACCAUCACGCCGUCGAUCACCAUUCACGACCGAGCGUCACCUGUGUCCAAGAAGACCAGGUGUCCUACUCCUACCAAUUGUCCGGUACCACCGUCCAGCCAGAAAAGCAUCAAUCAUAUCUCAUCGUCAAGAAAAUCACCGAGCCGACUGGAAGGUCCAAUCAGUCUCCUAGCGGUGAAACCGAAGACCAAAACCGCUCCACAGUUUUCAACUAUCAAUUGCCGACCAGUUGCAGCACUACCAUUCAGACCGGCCUCCAACCCGUCGUCACCCAUUCCAUGUUCUACGAUCGUAACAACUGUAAGAAACAAACCGAUCGUACAGCCCCACACCACCAUGUCACCGUAUCAAAAUUGUCAAAUUCUCUUCACUCCGUCUCGAACGACCAUCAGCUGGACCGAGCAACCCUCAACGGCAGGAAGCCCUGGGCCAAACUCACACACGGCAAACUCUAUAUCAAUCAGUCAACCAGAUCAGCCGCAGAAAUCUUAUUGUCUCCUUACGGCGAUACCGAGAGGAGCGGCAACGAACAGCAACGGCCAAACUCAACCGGAUCAGCGGAGGAAGCAGCAACAACGACGAAUCUCGACGAUCGUUGCAGCAAGCAUCGAUCAAGAAACUUCAUCCACUCACUGUUCCCAGGCCAUAACAAGUCCCAUACCAUCACCAGUUGUACACACGAGUCACGAGGCUCCGGCUCAAACGACCGAGACUGCCCGCUCUUGCGACAGCAGCUCUGUCGCGAGGAACACGAAUUGGAGCUGCACGAGCAGUCAGACAGCAAACCAGCAGCAGUCCAGCUCCAGCGGCGCGCUCUCACGCGGUUCUUCGAGCACGUGAAAUUGGAAGAAGCGCAUAUAUCAGCGCCACUUAGAACAAAGCUAGCACACAAGGAUGAGGUCAGUGAUGACGACGAUGACGACGAUGACGACGACGAGAUUGCCCGGGAAGACAGCCCGCGCAACGAACAGUGCGAUGACGGUGGUGCCGUUGCUGAAGCUCCACUGUUGACGUCGUGCGACUUGGACGAAGACCGCUUGAUCAUUCGCGUUCCUUGGCUAGCCGAUGACUCGGGAAAUGCCUGUGACGAUGACAAUGUCACGAACAAAGCACUCGUCCGUCGUCUUUCAGACGCAGCCUUGACGCAUUCCGACGAUUACGCCGGCUAUGAGCUCACUCGCGUUAACCAGCAAUCCUCGGUGACUCUACGGCAUUCGGCGGAGCGCGAGGACGAUCGAUUGACGGCGACGGCGACGGUGGCGGCGGCACUGCGCAUUGCCCAAAACAAUAUUUCGGAGCUUCGUAACGAGGUCUCAGUUCCUGACGAUAAGGCUGAC